AUGUGUUGCGUAAUGACCUUGUUAGUGGGCGGUUUUGAGUCCCACGUUUUAUUCGACUCUGGAGCAUCGAAUUGCUUCAUUACACCGGAGCGUGCCGAGAAGAGUGGCAUCCGGAGUAGCGCGGGCGAGAGCGCGGGCAUGGUCAAGGUGGCGGGAGGUGGAUUCUUGUCUACUUUGGGCCGUGCUAGAGGAGUCGAGAUCGAGAUUGCGGGGCAGUCAAUGCCAGCAGACUUAGUCAUCAGUCCGGUGGAGCUGUAUGACGUUAUUCUCGGGAUGGACUGGUUGUCACACUACAGAGUUCAUCUGGAUUGCUACAGAGGUAGAGUGGUCUUCGAGCGAGAUGCAGGGAGGUUGGUUUAUCAGGGAGUGAGACCGACUUCCGGGAGUAUUGUGAUAUCUGCUAUUCAGGCCGAGCAGUUGUUAGAGCGGGGCUGUGAGGCGUAUCUGGCGACGAUUUCUAUGUCUGAGUCAGGAGCUGGAGUUGUUAUGGGAGAUAUUGAGGUUGUCCAGGAUUUUGAGGAUGUCUUUCAGUCACUGAAGGGAUUACCACCAUCUCGGUCUGAUCCUUUCACGAUUGAGUUAGAGCCGGGGACAGCACCGAUAUCGAAGACGCCUUACAGGAUGGCGCCAGCUGAGUUGGCAGAGCUGAAGAAGCAGAUAGAGGACCUUUUGUCUAAGGGGUUCAUUCGACCGAGUGUUUCACCGUGGGGAGCACCGGUGUUGUUUGUGAAGAAGAAGGAUGGAGUUUCAGACUUUGUAUCGAUUACAGAGAUUGACUUGGCAUCGGGGUAUCAUCAGAUCCCGAUAGAUGAGGCAGAUGUCAGGAAGACUGCUUUCAGGACGCGUUAUGGGCAUUUUGAGUUUGUGGUUAUGCCUUUCGGUUUGACUAACGCGCCGGCAGCCUUCAUGAGAUUGAUGAACGACGUGUUCAGGGAGUAUUUGGACGUGUUUGUCAUCAUUUUCAUUGACGAUAUUCUGGUAUACUCGAGGAGUCAGGAGGAGCAUGCGACUCACUUGAGGUUGGUUCUGGAGAAGCUUCGGGAGCAGAAGCUUUUUGCUAAGUUGAGCAAGUGCAGUUUCUGGCAGCGAGAGAUGGGAUUUCUUGGCCACAUUGUUUCUGCAGAGGGAGUUUCUGUGGAUCCGGCUAAGAUUGAGGCUAUCAGAGAUUGGCCUAGACCUAGUAGUGCCACCGAGAUCAGGAGUUUUCUGGGUUUGGCAGGAUACUACAGGAGGUUCGUCAAGGGGUUUGCUACCAUGGCGCAGCCGAUGACGAAGUUGACCGGGAAGGAUGUCCCGUUUGUUUGGUCAGCUGAGUGUGAGGAGAGCUUUAGUCAGCUCAAGGAGAUGUUGACUACUACACCAGUGUUGGCGUUACCCGAGCCAGGGAAGCCUUACAUGGUGUAUACAGAUGCUUCAGGCAUUGGUCUUGGUUGUGUGCUGAUGCAGGAGGGCAGAGUGAUAGCAUAUGCUUCGAGACAGUGGCAGGGCAGUGAGCGUAACCGUCCUACACAUGACUUAGAGUUGGGAGCAGUGAUCUUCGCGUUGAAGAUUUGGAGGUCUUACUUGCUAGGUGAGACAGUACAGGUCUUCACGGAUCACAAGAGUUUGCAGCAUAUCUUCACUCAGCCGAUGAUGAACGCGAGACAGACGCGCUGGGUUGAGUUCUUGGCGGACUAUCAGGUGAGCAUUAACUACCAUCCGGGCAAGGCUAACCUAGUGGCGGACGCGUUGAGUAGACGGAGGUAUGAUUCCGCAGUUGAGCGAGAUGUGGAGUCUCUAGUUGGCGAGAUCAGUACCUUGCGUUUGUGUGCCAUUUCGCAGGAGCCUUUGGGUUUAGAGGCAGUGGAUCAGGCGGAUCUACUUAGCAGGAUCAGAGUUGCUCAGCAGAGUGAUCAGAGUUUGCUAGAUGCGACGAGAGUGACUGGUUCUGAGUAUGAGGUCUCUGCGAAUGGGACUAUCUUGGUUCGUGGGCGAGUUUGUGUGCCUAAGGAUGUGGAGUUGAGACAUCAGAUUUUGGGAGAGGCUCACGCGAGCAAGUUUUCCAUUCAUCCGGGAGCGACCAAGAUGUACCAUGACCUCAAGAGGUACUAUCAUUGGGUCGGGAUGAAGAGGGAUGUAGCAGACUGGGUUGCGAAGUGCAACACUUGUGCCUUGGUGAAGGCAGAGCAUCAGGUUCCGGGUGGUCUUUUGCAGAGUUUACCCAUUCCAGAGUGGAAGUGGGACAGGAUUACGAUGGAUUUCGUGGUUGGACUACCUGUUUCGAGGACUUUCGAUGCUAUCUGGGUGAUUGUGGAUCGGUUGACUAAGUCUGCACAUUUCUUGGCCAUCAAGAAGACAGAUGGAGCUGCUGUCUUGGCUAGGAAGUUUGUGCGAGAGAUUGUGAGGCUGCAUGGAGUGCCAGCUAGUAUUGUGUCAGACCGUGAUCCCAGAUUCACUUCAGAGUUUUGGAGGGCGUUUCAGGCAGAGAUGGGCACUAAGGUGCAUCUGAGUACAGCUUAUCAUCCGCAGACAGAUGGUCAGUCAGAGAGGACUAUUCAGACUUUGGAGGAUUUGCUGAGGAUGUGUGUGUUGGAUUGGGGUGGCCAUUGGGCAGAUCACCUGAGCUUAGUUGAGUUUGCAUACAACAACAGCUUUCAGGCGAGUAUUGGCAUGGCUCCAUUUGAGGCUUUGUAUGGGAGGCCAUGUAGGACACCCCUAUGCUGGACCCAAGUGGGGGAGCGCAGCAUGUAUGGAGCUACUUAUGUUCAGGAGACGACAGAGAAGGUUCGUGUUGUGAGGCUGAACAUGAAGGAGGCUCAGGAUAGGCAGAAGAGUUAUGCAGAUAGACGCAGACGAGAGCUUGAGUUUCAGGUGGAGAUAGAGUUUAUCUCAAGAUGGCUAUGUUGA